UCAAAGGUAAGCAUAAUGCUCUUUUCAUUAUCAAACCAGCGACCAGCCGUCUAAAGUUGCACUUUUUCACCACCACCCACAACAGAGUAGCCAGCCACCAAGAAGACGGAAUUGCAGCUCAAACAGGGCGAGCUUGGUCUUCCUCCUCUUCCCCUUCAGCUCCAGAGGGUUUCGGUUCCCGGUCGGUUUCCGUGCCUACCCAUCUCUCCGGAACGGCGCGCCCGGCGGAUCCGGAUCGCCGGCGAUCUGGGAUCUGGGGGAGCGCGCGACCCAGAUCGCGAAUCGCACGCCAGAGUGAGAUCUCGGUGACCCUUUGAACCCAGCAUCGCCCGGACACCAUGUGGAGGUUCAAGGCGUUCGCGCAUAAAGAGCAGGCUGGACUCGAAGGUCGCACGAUCGACAUCGGGAACGUUAAGGUUCAUGUCCGGAACAUCAUUGCCGAGGGUGGGUUUUCCUGCGUUUACUUGGCUCGGGAUGCUCUGCAUAUGUCCAAACAGUUUGCUCUGAAGCACAUAAUUUGCAACGACGAGGAGUCGCUGGAAGUCGCGGUGAAGGAGAUCUCGGUCAUGAAAUCGCUGGCGGGGCAUCCGAACGUAGUCGCACUUCAUGCUCACACUGUUUUGGACAUGGGACGGACCAAAGAAGUUCUGCUUUUGAUGGAUUUCUGCGAGAAGUCCCUGGUUAAUGUGUUGGAGAGCAGAGGAGCUGCGCAUUUUGAGGAAAAACAGAUAUUGGUGAUGUUCAGGGAUGUUUGUAAUGCCGUUUUCGCAAUGCACUGCCAGUCGCCUCCCGUCGCUCAUAGGGACUUGAAGGCUGAGAAUCUUUUGUUGGGGACUGAUGGACUGUGGAAGUUGUGUGAUUUCGGAAGCACCUCUACCAAUCACAAACGGUUUGAGAAGCCUGAAGAAAUGGGUAUUGAAGAAGACAAUAUCAGGAAGCACACGACACCUGCAUACAGGGCUCCUGAGAUGUGGGAUUUAUAUCGAAAGGAGGUCCUAAACGAAAAAGUAGAUAUAUGGGCCCUUGGAUGCCUCCUCUUUCGGAUUUGCUACUUGAAAUCUGCAUUCGAUGGAGAGUCCAAGCUACAAAUCCUGAACGGGAAUUAUCGUAUUCCAGAGUUACCAAAAUACAGCUCUUUCAUCACGGAUCUAAUUAAUGACCUGCUUCAAGCUUCUCCAGAUGCCAGACCAGACAUCACGCAGGUCUGGUUCCGUGUUAAUGAGCAGUUACCUGUUGGACAGCAAAAGUCUUUGCCUGAUCAGCCCCCAGAAAUGCAAUCGGCAGAGAUUCAUGAAGGCAUUCCAAAGUCCACAAAUCGGGUGUCACCAGUGCCUCGUAGAAGUCCACCUCCCCCACCUUCAUAUGGUGACUCAGUCAAAUCGUCACCUCAUAUUAAAGCAGGUGGAGGUGGGGGGCAGCUCGGUGCUUUCUGGUCUACUCAGCAUGCAAAGAGUUCAGUUGUUGCUGAGGAUAAUACUGGCCCAAAGUUCGAUGAAGAACCAACAAGUCAUAGAACGUCAAAACUUGACAGAGAGCAUGCAGAGAAUCAUACUUUCUCCAAGAACACUUAUCCGAAGAAAGAGGUAAAUGUACAGCCACAACCUACUCGGAGGAGUGCACAUGGACAAAACUACCUUAGGCCUGAGGGAAUUCAUCAUAAAGACUUCGAGAUAAACUUCUCCCAAAAAGAUUCAGACCAGGGUAACGAGAGACCAGGAGCAUCAAAACCUGAGAAUGCGGCCAUUUUUCAAGAUAAUAGUUUCAAUACCUUCGUCGCUGAAUUUGAUACCAAAAAGUUUAGCUCUAGUAUCAGCAAUCACAGGACGCAAAAGGAAGAAGAUUUGGAGGUUGAAUUAGAGAGGCUAAAAGAGCAGCUGAAGCAGGCAAACUUAGAGAAGACUGAGAUGACUUCUAAAUAUGAAAAGCUAUCUGCCAUCUGCCGAUCUCAGAGGCAGGAAAUACAGGAACUCAAACAAGCUCUCGCUGCUAGAGCUCCAUCACCAAGCAGGGAUGCUAUGAGAAUUCAAACCCCUACUAGAACCGAGUCAUCUGCUGCUGCUAUGCCAUCAGAGGAAACUAGAAAAACCAACUGGGACAUCCGUCAGGAAAAAGUUGAGAAGAAUUUUCGAAGCUCAGAAUCCACAUCAUGGCAGGCUUUCACCGAUGAUCCUAAGCCAAAGCAGCCUCUUUCAAGGGAUACCACCACCAAAUCUGUUAGGACGAGAAAUGGUCAACAAAAUAAGCAGGGCACUCAAGCAGCAUCUAAUUACGAGACAUGGGGCUUUGGCUCGGAGAGUUUUACUGCUAUGCCCAAUGCCAGCUCUCAGAUAUCAAAACCCAUUCGAGAAGGAGGCACUUCCCAGCGGUUUGGUGAUUCAAAGUUAAUGGAGAACAAAUCAUCUUCUCAACCUGCAGGAUGGGCUGGUUUCUAAAUCAUUCUUGGACACGACCUUUAACAUCAUUCAUGAAAGACAGUUGCACAACUUGAUGUACACAAAAUCCAGAGGUAAAAAAGCUUGUGGACUGGAGCCCCCAUUCUGGAGAGCUUAGGUUCUUGUAGAUACUGUUACUGAACAAAGCGCCCUUAUUCUUCUAUUCCAA